AACAAGUUGAAUAAUCGGAUAUGUCGGCAUGUAGUGCAUGUACUGUAUAUAAGUUUGUUUUUACUUUAUUAUUAACAUUACUUAUCUGUAAUUACAAAUUACCAAAAAAGGAAUUUUAUAAUGGACACGAUCUGCACUCUGGAUUAAGUUUUUUUAAAAGUAAAAACAGGAAAUGAAAGAUAAAAAUAGCCAAAAAAAGUAAAAGCAGGGGAGACGACUGUGAACUUUAAUUAACAGAUUAUAUUUUUAUUGAUUAAGGCUAACCAAUCAGAAACUAGCAUAGUCAUAUGACAGCCACUCUUUGUACACAUAGCUUCAAUCCUUACUAGUAAAUAUUGUCCACAAAUUAAGUAACGAAUAAAAACCCCUUUGCUUUUUAACAAAUUGGGUUUUUAAUGAGUAAAGUUAUGGAAUAUAAGAGAAAGCGAUUCAGGCUAUAGCAAAAAGUGUUGUUGCAUGUUGGAGCAGAGUGCAAAGAUGUUUAAGUUGCAUGAAGCAGUUUUAGAAGGCGAUCUCAAAACCAUAAAAUAUUUGAUGAGCACUGUGUGCAAGAUUGAUGAAAAAGACCUAAGUGGGAACACACCAAUUCACUAUGCAUGUUACAAAGGUUACCGACAAAUUGUGAAAUAUCUUAUUCAACAUGGUGCUUGCUUGAAUUUUCAAAAUAAACAGAAGAAAAACUUGCUCAUGAUAACUUUGUGUGGAGAGACUUGCAAAAGACGAGCUUGCAAAAAAGGCAAAGAUGAAGUGUAUUCAAUAAUCAAAUUACUUUUGAAGGAAAAGUGCAGAAAUAUUAAUUCCAUUGAUCACAAGGGAAAUACAGCACUACAUGUCGCCGUGGAGAGGGCGACAGUAUGUGCAGUAAAAAGAAAAUGUAUAUCUUUGCUGAUACAACAUGGUGCAAAUGCUGAAAUUGUAAACCACAAGCAACAAACAGCUUACGACAUCGCUAAACAGAACCAAGUUAUUCAAAUACAAGAAAUCUUUUGGUGUGAACUGCCAUUUAGUGUGAAGUACACAAACAGUAAAAUAAAAAACAGAGGCUGCCCGCAAACUCACAAAGACUUGAAUAUAAUUAACGAGGAAGUGACAGAAAAGCGUGCGUCAGCCAUAGAGCAACCGAUUGAAAGUAACAUGCGUCCACCAAUUGAUAAUUAUGGCUACGUAAAUAAUGAAUGUGGCUGGAAUGGCAAGGACUUUGUCGAUAGUCCGUGUUUUCAGCAAUAUUUCAUUUGUGGAAAUUGUCGGUCGAUAAUUAAUUGUCAUCCAAGUUACCAAUGUUUUGAUCACUUCACCAAUCAAAACCGAUUUUUUCGAAGAGUGCCAGGACAAAAUUAACAGUGAGCUAUGGCGAUACAUACACCGUUACAGAUGUCUACCGGGAGGUUCUGAGUUGUCAUAACAUAAAGUAAUUGUAAUUGCGUAUACCCAGCAAUACAGUGUAAAUAGUUCUUACUAAGUAUAAAAAAUAUAUAUAUAUAGUGAAUAGUUCACUGCGCAUUCCAAAGAUUUGUUUUAAUUAUCUUUACAUAAGCUACGUCAGUUUAGUGAACACAAAUUGAUUAAUAGUUUAGUGACUGAUUAUUCUUUCAAAUUCAGAAAGAUUUUUUGAAAAUUUUCAGUGUUUUCUUUAGUGUGACCAGAGAACGAUCCCACUAUCUUCCAUUUUGUACUUAUGCUGUACAUUGUUGUAUAUAUUGUUGUAUAUAUUAUUGUGUAUAUUGUUGUAAAAUUGUUGUACAUGUCGUCUACAUCGAAACAUCAGUCAAAAUAUCGUUAAAAGCUUAUAAACAUAGCCCUGGUGUAUCUUUCCACAGGUCUUAUAGCUAGUUGUAUAUAUCUUCUGACACAUUAUUUCACUUUUUUUGCCUCUGCUUGGAAGUGAAUAUAGUACUCAGCAAAUUUUUGUUGUUGUAUUUAUAUAUUUUUCUACUCUGUCAAAGGCUUUUUAUCAAUGGCGUUCUGGUGAAAACGCAUUUCAAAUUUUGUAUCUAUCGAAGAACAAUUAAUAUAGUUUUCAUGUAAAUAAUUUUUUUUUAUAUAAAAGGUUCCUUAAUAUCGGAUCGUUAUGAAAAAAUCAUUUAUUCGUCUUUUUUAUAUACGUAUUAUGUAUAUUAUACAUUUUUAUGUUCAAUUUUAUUUAUAUUACAUUUUUUUAUAUUUAAUAAAAAGUAUAAUUAGUAA